AUGAAUCGCCUCAACGUCAACGAGGCAACUCGCGAGGAACUUCUGGAGGUCGUCAAGCAGCUGCGACAGCAGCUGCGGCAACACCAGACGAGCUCCGAACGCGCCAAGGAACUCAAAAGACAGGUGGACCAGUUGAAGCAGGAGCUUUGUGAGAAAGAGAGUGCGGUGCGGGCGUUGGGGCAGCAGAAUGUCAUGUUGUCUGAGAAGUCUGCGGCGGAUGAAGAGACCAUCGGCGUUUUGAUCAAGCAGCUUGAGGACAUGAAUGUGGGGAUGACCGACACGACGGGCAGCGACGGCGUCGUGGAGGCGCGUGCGGUCCCUGCAAAGGCGGCUGCCGCCAGGGUUGGCCAGGCGUCGGUAAAGGGAUCAGACGGCACCAGUUUGGCGGGGAGUGCUGGGGGAGAGUUCUCGACGCCCCCCAAUGCUGCGGCAAUCAUCGCGCAGCAAAACGAGGAAAUGGCGAAGCUUGAGAUGAAGGUGCGUGAGCUCACGGAGGUCAACACAUUCUACACGGCAAUUGUCUCGCACCAUGACGAAGAAGAACGGCUUCGGGCGGCACAGAAAGACAUGUUUGUCGCGACAAAGCUGAAUGCGGCAGCAUCUGCCGAUAUCACCCCCUUCCAUGACCGUAUUGUUGCCCUGGAAAAUGAGCGAGAUAGCUUGCAGCGAGUAGUGCGACAACAAAAUCAGGAGAAGCAGGCCCUCAUGAGCGAGCUCCAAGAGCAUUGUGAGGAGCUUUCACGUUUAGAGCUGGAUCUGGUGGCUGCAGAACGCUGGAAAGUGUCCGCGGAAGCAUCCUCUGAAACAGUAGCAAGCAUUCCCCCUGUCUACACCUUUUCUUCGCUGCCAGAUGAGGAAUUUCCGUCCUUGCGAACAUCGGGGCAGUUAGCGGAGUCGAUGCAGUAUAAAGGUAGGCAUGGUGGAUCCGUGCCUAGCCCCGCCACGAGGCCCAGAAGCACCGGCUCCUCAGCGGACACGCAUGCGCCCGCACGCGGCCUUGCAGGCAGCAGAGGCCUGCCCCCGCCGGAUGCGCUUCCUGAGAUUCGCCUGCGGAACCCGUCCAAACAGGAGAAGUUGCUUUUGGAACGGGUUGAAUUGUACUGGAAAUGCAUCGAGGAAAUGCAAGAAUUUGAAGUGGACCGUCAGCGAGGGUUUGACAGAAUUGAGCACGCGCGCGCGGAGCUUUUCACUGAGAUGAACACAAAACUUGAGGAGCAGCGUCGAGAGAUUCAGCGGCUAAACAAACGACUCGCCGCUUCUGCUGGCACGUGCGGAGGCGAAGAUGAGCGGCGGACGACGGAGCCCCGCUCGGUGCGGGAUGCACUUACUUCACCCAUAGUGUUUUCCGGGUACGAGGGUGAACAUGCAAAGAUGCCAUCCUUUAACGCCCGCCCCGAGGCUUCUACUGGAGUGGGUGGGGCGUUGUCGGAGGAGGGGGGUGAUGACGGAAUCAAUGCUGGAUGGAAAGCGCCGGGUGGCGAUUACGGCGUUACCGUGGCUGAUGCGAGUAUGGGUGAAAGGGCAAUGCUGGAAUGUUUAGGGUCCGCCGGUGUCUUGGCAAAGGCGCCUGCACUAAAAAAAAAUGAGGCGGAGAUGGAAGCGGAGGAGACGGACACCGAGUUUGGUGGAGACGAAAGGAUUGUGUGCAAAGCGGGCGGCCCCGCCGAGGCGGAGACGAGGCAGUGGCGGGAGAUGCGCGAUUCACCUCUACCCAAAGUUGAUUGGGAGCGGCAGCUGCUGGCCAAGGAGGAAGGCAUUGGCAGAUUGGGCAUCCUUCGUGAAGAGGGAGACGCGGCGGUCCACAUGCUGCUGCUGAGUCGGGCGGCCAUUGCGGCGGCGGCGACAGCAGGGUUCACUGCACACGACAAAGGAUCUCCAGACGGCGUGGAGGCGCUUCAAACCGCGCUUGAUAAGAUGCGGGGGUUGGUUUCCUCCCUUGAAGGACGGGAACAAGAACUUUUGGCUGAGGUUGCACGAUUGCAGAAAGAGAUGACGCCUGUGCUGCAGGUAGCGGGUUACAAAAAUAACCCGACAGCAACGCAGAAGACGAUUCCCUCUUCUCCAUCAUCCUCCUCGCUCGCUGCCGCUUGCGUCAGCGAGCCCUGGGAACCCCUGCGAUGCGUAUGCCGAGCGUACGCUGAGGUGGUGGAUGCACAGAUCGCACUUUUGCGCACAGCCUCUGCCUCCGCCGUUGCACCCUCAAUUCCAGGCGAGGGCUUUGCUGAUAUCGGCAACACGCUGGACGCGCUUCUGGCGAAGGCCGGUCGCGUCGCCAACGGCAUCCGCGACGAGGAGCGAGGCGGCGCUGGCGCUUCCUUUGGAGUUGCUGCUGAGGAAGGCUCCGAGAAGGCGCCCGAGAGGGACACGCCGUUGCCCAAGACAGCGCCGCAAUUACCAUCUUCGGAAGGAGCGGGUGAUGCCACAGCUGGCAGCCAGCACCCACGCCACGAAACCCCCCCGAGCCAAGCAGCUGGACCAGAGACCACGAGAAGCGGGCAUUCGCCCAACAAACAUCACACCGCAUUUUCGCUUCCACUGGCGGAAAACGGCGAAAGGGACACACAGGCCCCAAGCGCCGCCUGCACAACGGCGCCACCGCGGCGGGAAUCACCCGGCGCCCUCUCUGCAAAAGAAUAUUCGCACACAACCGCCAAUGCCGCAGCGACCGGCAGCCCGCCGCCGCCCGCCGGCCCACAGCCCACCGAACGGUUCGUGCCGGAUCCGUUGGAUUACUUCAUGACCUCCCGAGGGGUGGGGGAAACGACGUGGCGCAGCGCUAAUGUUCAGGGCGGCGCGCCUGGAGCGAGGAACUUUCUCGACAUAUUGGGCGCCCCCCCCGCCUCCGCGCCCCACCCCAUGCAGGGGGGAGACGACAACACCUUUGUUGCAGAAUUUGAUCCGUUUGCAUGA